UCGUAGCACAUUCAGUCUCUGAGACUAUUUCUGAUAACAAUAAAGUGUGAUCUUUGAUCAUUUCUAAAGAAUAAGCUAAAAGUGUGUGAUUUUUUUUGGCAAAAAUUCUGAGUGAAGAAAAAUAAUCUUGUGAAUUCUAGUUAAAAUCCUAUACGAAAAAUUAAAUAUUUGUGCAAAAAUGAGGAACUUUGUGAUAUUCCUUUUGGUGAUCGUCACUGCCACAACUGUUUGUGCUUUUUACGUGCCAGAUGAAAAUGUAGCAGACGAUCCUGGAAUCACUGAUAUCCAGAAUCCAGAAAUUGAUCCAGAAUCUGACAUCAUCGAUGGUGACCAAUUGAUCCUUGUCCGGAAUAAACGGGCGAGAUUUGACUCUUUCUACGGUUCAUCCAUUGAUAGUGUCGAGUCUCCUGGUGGUAAUCAGCUUUACUAUCAGCCACUCUUCCGGUAUCGCCAGACCAAGAAGAAGCGCAGACGUCUCUUUGUUCCAAAUCUCUGGGGUUAAACUCUUCCAUUAUGCCUGCCUCCGAGCAUCUCUGAGGUUCAAGCAAAAUCUGUUUUCUUUGAUGAAGAUCAAUAUAACAUCAACAGAUCAUCCAGUAUCUAAAUGUAGAAUUACUAUUUUUUAUAAUGUGAUAACAUUUUAUUCCUAGACUAUAAGAUACCUAUUUAUAUACCGCAAAAGCACUUGUUAAUAAAAACACCGUUAUUUUGUAUAAAAA